AGAAGAAAUGACAAGUAGUUCAUAUUAUUCUUAGCUUAAUUGAAAAGAUAAUAUUUGUACAUUCAUGUACAAUCCAUGUGCUCAUGCCCACUGUGCGUUGUGUGUUCGUAUAUAAGCAAUAUCAAUUUUUCAUCAAGUGUCAUCGCAAGUUUUAAUCAAAUUUGGAAUAAUUUAUAUAUUCAAUCGAAACGAAUCCAAAUAUUAAGAUGAAUUCCAUUAACUCGUGGGACCAACAACAACAUAGCUGCCAGGAUAUAAUACACGUUUUUCGGAAAGACUUCAAAAAGGAUUUGGAUUGCAGAGAUAUCGAGGAGUUUUUGCGAUCUAUAUUGAAAAAAACAGAGGUCGAUGAUAUUGUGAAGUCUCCACCAAAUGAGCAAACGUAUCGCUUGUUGUGGAUAUUGCGCGACCAACAAAAGGAAAUUGUGGAAAUGUUUGUCAAGGGACUGAAAGACGCUGAAGACCUCAACUAUGGCUUUCUAAUGUCUGCCAUUCAAAAUGAGUGCAGGAUUCCGACCGAUCGAACUAAAAAAUAUAUUUCAGCAGUUGACCGCCUGUAUAAUGACAACCAUAAAUUCACAAAGUAUAAUGUUCCGAGAAUAAAACCAUUCUUGGAAUUGGAAUUGGCUUUACUGAAGCUAAGACCUGCUCAAAACGUUGUAGUCGAGGGCGUCCUUGGGGCCGGAAAGCAGUGGCUUGUUUUAGACGUUUGUUCCUCAUUUGAUGUUCAAUUGAAAAUGAAUUUCAAGAUAUUUUGGCUAAACGUACGCGAGUGCUGCACACCUGAGGUUUGUCUACAAAUGCUUCAAUUGUUUCUUUACCAAAUUUCACCUAAAGGGCACUCUAAUGUCGACCAAAGCGUGCAUACGCGCGUACGCAUCGAAGUGCUAAAAACUGAGCUUCAACAUUUAUUGAAAGAGAAACCUUACCAAAAUUGUUUGUUGGUCUUACGUAAUGUCAAGAACAAGGAAACGUGGGAAGCCUUUAACCUAGGAUGCAAGAUCCUACUGACCACAGGAUACAAGAGUGUGGCUUCUUUUCUAUCGGCACAAACGACCACCCAUAUCACCCUAAAAGACGCCCUCACCAAAUCAGAGACAGAGUCAUUAUGUGCCAAAUAUCUCACCGAAAAGCCAAAAUUACUAAAAGAAUUAAAGGCAAAACUACCUAAACACCAAAUAACAAAUCCGCUCCACCUGGGUAUAAUCGUUAAGAGCAUAAGCAACGAUAUUUGUACAAUAGACAAUUUUAAACACGUAAGGUAUAUAGAGUUGACUGAAAAAAUUAAAAAGUCCUUAAGUGUUUUGGAUUUCAAUGAAAGGCAAUUAUAUGAAGCUCUCUUCAUAUUUCCUAAGUCCGCCCACAUACCUAUCGGAUUAUUAGGCCUCGUGUGGACGAGUGAAAAUCCAAUGAUUAUCGUAAAUAAAUUCUGCAAGUACUCGUUGGUAAACAAGGAUUCAAAUAACCUAACAAUAACUCUGCCCGGCAUAUACUCAGAGUUGAACUUGCCCGUGAAAAAUGAAGCUGAGCUAAACAGAAUAAUUAUAAAUUACUAUAACAUUCAUUUACAGUUUGACCAAUAUAACGAUAUGACUUUACCACAUCUGGAUAGUUAUUUUUAUAGCCAUAUCGGCCACCAUUUGAUCAAACUCAGUAACAGUACCGACCGCUCCAAUUUGUUUCGCAAAAUCUUUUUGGAUUUUCGAUUUCUCGAUAAAAAAAUUCGUAACGAAACAACGCCAAGGAAUGCUCGCGGAUCAGUUCUACCUACCCUGCAGACUCUAAAGUUGUACAAAGCGCAUAUAGAUAAUGAUGAACUUAUUGAUGCUCUUCUGGAUUUUUUGCCGAAUGUGGAAGAACAGCUGAUAAAGUCAAAAUAUUCAAAUCUAUUGCAAAUUGCAUUGAUGGCAGAUAAAGGUGCGGUUUUUGAAGAGGCACUUCGUCAAGCGCAACGAUACUCAAAAUACGUUUGGUUUACAAACCGUGGGCGGUUUCACCAGCACCGUCGAAUCAUAAAUUUGGGUAAGGACCAGGUGCAACGUGUAGUCUACCUAUACGGUGACUAUUGCUUGAUGGCACUAAACACAAAGCAGAUAUUACUUACCGACGUGUCGUUGGAGGGCGAUACGACUUAUCUAUUAAGCGACACAAACAAUCCCAGCGAUAUAAUCGAGAUGCGCGUGUUUAACACACAAAUGCACCUUUUAACACUGCACAGCAAUGGAAGUCUAAAGCUUUGGUCACUGCGAGAACUGCUCCGACGUCCAAACAAUCCAACUAAUUCUCUAGGUUACGAUCAAGUGGUUAACAGAGUAAUUAAUCGAUCGCAUUCUAUCCAGAAUAUUUUAUCAUUUUUUCUUCACGAGAAAUUUAUGGACGGGAGGACCACUCACAUUCAACUUCAUGUGGCAUAUAAUAAUGGAGAUAUUUGUAUAUACGAUUGGGAAACUAAACGAGAACAAUUUAAGCAGUCGUGUACACCGAUGUUAAAGACACAGCAGCUGAAAUUGCGCUGUUUUUCUUUAAUCCUAGAUCGGUUUUAUGUGCUGUGCACAGCAAACUGCAAGCUUACUGUUUGGAACUUAAACCGACAAUCAAAGGAUCAGGAACUUGAGUUUCCCAAUAACGAGGCACUUUCAAUGGAAUCAUAUAAUGAUCGACUUAACAAUGGUAACCUAUGCAUAGUGUUGCUUAUAUGUAAAUCAAGCGUAAAGCGAUUCACAUUCCAACAGACCGAUGACAACAGUAUAAAUGAGCCAGACACCAGCACUUUGCCCUCGUUGGAAAGACUCUCGCUCUCGAUAACAUGUAGUAAACUAUCAAAAGAUGGCCGUUACUUAGUACUUGGGACCCAAGAUGUGGGCCUAAUUGUGUACGAUCUAAAAUUUUCCGAUUAUGUUCUGAUCAGCAACGUCCGUGAGCAAAUAAUCUGUUUGGACGUAUACGAUUUGAAGCACCCCAUUUAUAAAUACAUUGUCUUAUGUGGUGCAGCUGGAACAAAUUUCUUACACUUAUACAUGCUGCGAAAUGUUGCAGGCGAUCACAACCAUGCCAUUACAUGGGUACACAGUGCUCAGUCUGUGGACAAUAUCAGUGAUACAAAUGUACAUCUUGAACCUAACGUACACCUGCGACCUCUAUUGAAAAUGUCUAGUAAUGGUACGCUAUUCAGCGUAGACUCCAAAUCACGUAUUCACCAAAUACAAACGGCAGUCGGAGAAGAGUUUGGCCGAAGGCACUGUGCCGCGUACUGGUCAACGAUUCCAACGCCACAGUUGGGAUUCGCGACCCACAUAACUGCUUUAUACCCUUGCAAUGAUAAUGCAAUUUAUGCCGGCUACAAUAAUGGCAUAAUAUAUAAUAUCAGCGACGAAAAAAGGAUAUCGCAGAACUAUAUAACUGAGCAAAUCGACUACUUGAAAGUGGUCAAUUUAAGGACAUUGAUUGCGUCAACUCGAAAUGCUCGUAAGACUUUAAUAUAUUUAAUGCCACGAGUAGAAGGUAACAAAACAAGAGAACCAAUUUGGUGGAGCGAGUACACAAUAUAUGCGCGACUUUUUGACGAACAUUUCUUGCUGCUGUUUUCCAAGAAGGCUCUCUCUGUUUAUCAUUUAGAUUCGCCUAAUUCCAAACUACAAAUUAUUGAAGAACCUGAGGAGGAUCUGGUGGGAUUUGAUCUUAAAAAUAAGCUUCUGUUUUUAGGUUUAAGAGACGGCAUAAUUAAGAUUUAUAAAUUGGACAAAACGGGCGAUCAACUGAACAUCAAGCAACUCUGCAUUGAAAAUAUAAAUAGUCAAUCUUUGAUUAAAUAUCUGACAGUUUCUAAUGAUGGUAAAAUGCUUUUCCUUGGCUUGUCGAAUGGUCAAAUAAAGCUUUACACAUUCAAUGAUCGCCUAAGCCAUAUUUACACCAUAAAACAGGGACAUGAGCCCGGUCAUGAAAUGAAACUGCGUUUCUCGCCCUGCCUACAGAUUCUUGUUAGCUGUGGAGACCAAUUGUGUUUUUGGAGCGUGAGACAUAUGCUUAAUAAUCAGAGUCAGGCGCAGAUUCACCCCAAAGGUUGCGAGGAGGUUGAUGCGUCACCUUGCUCGGACCAAUCCGUAGAACAGAAAUAUGUCAUGCCAUCGGCGGGUAUUGUAAGAGACACAGAGACACAUUUUUGGAAGGAUAAGCGUGGUCAUGCCACCUUGCCCGAGUUGCUGUCAUCUAUAAAAUUUGUUGGCAACAAAGCACGUAAUUUCUAUACGAAUGCCGAAUUUACCCAAUUUCAUGUGUUAGACGACGGGGGAGUUUUCUAUGACCUUAACGUACUAGAGAAAUAUUUAAGUGAAAGCUAUAAAGAGUCGAUUGCGAUUGCGAGUUCACGUCACUUAGAAGCACUUGGGCCAUUUGUCAGUAAUGUGAAUGGAGACGACAAUGCUGGUAUUGAUGUAGCUGGCAAUGCCCAUUCAGAGUCUUUGUCAUCUGCUAGUAAUUUAUAUGAUCAAUUGAAUCGGAGGUGACGCCAACCUUGCGCCACAUUUUGGUGGAGCACAGCAAAUGGUUAUCAAUUUUUACAAACCGUACUUAUAGGAUUGUUACUAUGCUACCCAGUGAUGAUAGUAUUUGAAUGGUUGAAAUUGCACUUAAACACGUAAGUUUCUUUUUUCAUACGCUCAAUUUAAAUGAUAAUCCUUUUGUCUAAAAAUAGAAAACAAACAGAGUGAUAAAAAGCGAGUGCAAUUUUUCGUAUUUAUUAUGUGAAUGUAUACGUAUUUACAUUUGUAGUUAGAAUGACCGAUAUCAAACAAAGAGAAGAAUAUUAAGACUUUUAAUUAAUAUAUGUAGUUGCAUAAGUUCUAACUAAUACUUGUAAGACAAUUUAUUUUUAAAAUAAAGUUUACUAAUUUUUUGAA